CUCCCUCCACCAAGCCCCCGACUCCCCGAGGCCCCGACCUGCGCACCCACGGGAUCCCUACCUAUCCGGCCGUCACCCCUCCCCCUGCCCCUCCCGAGUUGGAUUGUUCGCGGAAUUGGCGGAGGGGCAGCCGGAUAUGUCGUCGUCGGUUGGGGGCGGCAGCGCGGGCGGCGGCGGAGUGGACAUGGUCAGCCUGCUGGAGAAGGCCAAGGAUUUGGACCAGCUAAAGAAGGAACAGGACGAAAUCGUUGCCGAUAUCAACAAGAUUCACAAGAAGCUCCUCGCAUGUAAGCUACUCUGAAGCUGCUGUUGACCGCCGCCUCGGCCCCAGAGAUGGUUGAUAAACCAGUUGACACCAUUUUGCUCAAGCUUCGUGGUUUAUAUGCACGUGCAAAGGAGCUCUCUGAGAAUGAAAUCAGUGCCUCAAAUGCUUUGAUUGGAUUAUUAGAUGGUUUGUUGCAAUCUGGAGCUUCAACUGCACAAAAGAAAAAGAUAGUUGCUUUCUACAUUUCAGAAGUUGGUGAGCAGAAAAAGAAGAGGAUCAAGUCUGAUACAGAUUCUGCACGAUUUUCUGCUGCAUCUAUGAGGAAUCAACUUGACCAAGCUGCAAGCCUUAAAGGAGAGCAGGUUGCUGCUAGGGUAAAAUCAGAUGACGAAAAAGAUGAGUGGUUUGUCGUGAAGGUCAUACAUUUCGAUAAGGAAACAAAAGAGUAUGAAGUACUUGAUGAAGAACCAGGUGAUGACGAAGAGAGCACUCAAAAGAAGUACAAGUUGCCUAUGUCUUACAUUAUUCCAUUUCCGAAGAAAGGGGAUCCUUCGAGUGCCCCGGAUUUUGGGCAGGGUCGACAAGUUUUAGCUGUUUAUCCUGGCACAACAGCAUUAUACAGAGCUACCGUAGCUUCUCAUCGUAAGAGGAAGUCUGAUGAUUAUAUUCUGGAGUUCGAUGACGAUGAGGAGGACGGUGCUCUGCCGCAGAGAGCCGUGCCGUUCUACAGGGUGGUUGCCCUGCCGGAGGGCCACAGGCAGUAGUGACAUUUGACGCAGUUCUGCAUUCCUAGUGUAACAUAUAGCGCAAGGUAGGGUGUCUUCAGUGUGACAAUGUGGUGGUCAUAUCUACGCGAAACGAGAGAGAAAACAAGGACGUGCAUGUAGCACUUACAUGUGGGGUCCUUGUAUAAAAGACGAUGACGUUUUUUUUUCAAUCUGCUAGAGCACGUCUAUGUAAUUGCAAUCCAGUUUUAAUCUCUUAUAUUAUACUUUAGAGAGAAAGGGCAUACUGUAAGGGUCUAUUUGGCAACAAUAUUUCUCAAAAUUAUAGUUUUAUAAUACUAAAAAUAUCGUAGUUUUUGUCA